GGUAUUCCGCUUCGGUCUAAGGAGGAAGCAUCGUAUCAUGAGUCGCGAUACUUCUGUCUCAAGUCAUGAGGGAGAUGAGGAUCCAUGGCGUGCACUGCAGAUCCACUACGACUUUGUGUACCGGUCUCUCUACUUUGAAUCUCGUUUUGUCCGCAAACUCUACGGAGGAGACAUUGUGUCGAGAGAAGAUAUGGAGCUUCUAUUGAGCCACAGCCUUACUCGCGCCGAGAAGGCUCAACGCCUGCUGCUCGAAAUUCUGCCCAGCAGACCGCCAGAAAUGUUUCUAGUUUUGUGCAACGUGUUCAGAGAGGUGGGACAGCCACACGUCGCAGAUAGAUUGACCCAAAAGACGGCAAGCAGCCAAGAUGUCGGCGAUAGAACUAGAGCUACAAUACAAACUCUAUACCACAACCUCGAAAGUCUAGUAAGUGAAACAUCGCAGUUAAGUCGACAGGUCGAGACAGAGAGACAGAGAGCUGAUACAGCGGAGGAGGAAGCCACUUUUGCAAAACGUCAAUUACAAGAGACUGCAAACGAGAAUUCGAUGUUGAAGGAAAAAUUGAAACAAUCAGAGAAUGACUACGAAUCCAAAGUCACUGAGAAUGAAAGGAUGAAAAUUGACAUAGCAUCUCUAUUGGGCGGUCUUGCUGUCAAAGCAACUGUAGAAUUACAACAAGGCUAUCAAAGUCGUGAUGCUACCGAGGCAUCUGCGCAUGCAUAUGCAAGCACUCAAAAACAGAAACACGGGUACGCUUGUCCGGUCGUGUGUACUGUCCAAUGUAGCAGUUCUGCGACAUCUUAUCAUUGGGGCCGAGAAUGCCGAUACUGCAGAGACGAAUUUGAGCAUCUACGUCAAUUCUCCAACGAUGAAGACAGAAUCCAAUCUGUUAGACACGGCGCGAAGGAUGGGAAAGAAAAUGGCUGCAGAUUAGACUACACCACGUUUGGAAAAUAUUGAAUCUCCCACGUAUCUUGCAGUAAUGAAAGAUAUUGUUGAGGAAAGGAUGAUGUGAAUACUAGGGGACGCAUAGAAAUGUUGUUUUUAUAUAUAAUGAGCUUCUGGAGUCAGUUAUGCGUGUAUUCUGUUACUGGCAGAACAUUUAUAUCGUGUGUCCAUGUAUCUAGCGUAAACUGGACAUAGAUGUUAAUUGAAUUGAACUUUCGAAAAAUUAUAUUUGGA